AAUUCUCCCUAUCUCUCUCUGACAACUCUGUUCAAAAACAUUUUUAUUUUUAUUUUUCUUUUUUCUUCCUGGGAAGAAAAAAAAAAAUGAAUGUAAAAUUUUAAUUCACUCUCAAAAAAUUUAGAUCUGAAACUGACAGAGAAAAAAAAAAAAAAGAUUGAUUCACUCUCGAAAAAAAUCUAUCAUCCAAUUCAGAUCUUUGACAAAGCUAGAAACAAAAUUUGAAAAUUUUUGUUUUUUGUUUUUUUGUGUGUAAAAGAUCGGCGAUGGUGAUGAAUUUGGUUGUGUGUUUGUGAAACUUUGAAAUCAAGAUUUUGAUAUAUAAAUUGUAUAUGGUUGUUAGUGGAUCUAAUAGUUUGGAGUGGAACAAUUGUGUGGAAAUUGAAGGAGAAGAAACCCUAGGAAAGAUGGGGAAAGAAGAGAACAAAGUUGAAGAUGUGGAAGAAGGUGAGAUUUCCGAUACGGCUUCAGUGGAGGAGAUCAGUGAAGAGGAUUUUAUUAAGCAAGAGACUAGUAGUAAGGUAUCGCCGAAACCGAAAUCGGAAGCUAGGGUUUGGACGAUGCAAGAUCUGUAUAACUAUCAAGUUUCGAGGGGAUAUGCUUCGAGUCUGUACAAUUUGGCUUGGGCACAAGCCGUGCAGAAUAAGCCACUGAAUGAUAUUUUCGUUAUGGAUGUUGAGAAGGACGAGAAAUUGAAGCGAUCGUCGUCUACUGCUUCUACUACUGCUGCUACUACUACUACGCUGCCGCCGCCGCCGGCGGUGGCGUCGGUGGUGGUUGUGGAGGAGAAGGUGAAGAAUGACAAGGUGGUUGAUGAGGUCGUGAUUGAUGAUAGUGGUGAUGAUAUGGAUGUGGAGAAGGAGGAUGGGGAGUUGGAGGAAGGUGAGAUUGAUUUGGAUUCGGAAACUGUCGAAAAGGAGGAGGAGGUUGAAAUGACAGUUGAAAUGGCUGUUGAAAAGGCGGCCGAGGUGAAGCCAGAGGUGGAGGAAGUUAAACUUAAAGUUAUAGCUAAAGAAGAGGAAGAAGAAGGGGAAGGGGUUUCGAGUAUUGAGAGUGUGAAUGUUGAAAGACUAGAGAUUGAUUCUAAAGAGAAGGAAUUGGCGAAGCGGGUGGAUUCGAUUCGAGAAGCUCUGGGGAGUGUGAAUGUGAUUGAGGCAGAGAAAUCAUUUGAGGAAGUUUGUUCCCGAGUGCGCAGCAAUUUGGAGAGCUUGCAGGAAGUGUUUUCAGGACUUAUUGUUCCGACAAAGGAUGCUCUUGUUCAAUUGUCAUUCACUGCCAUUCAAGCAGUACAUUCUGUGUUCUGCGCUAUGAACAUUAGUCAAAAGGAACAGAACAAAGAUAAUUUCUUGAGGUUAAUUUCUUAUGCCAACAACUGUGAUCCCCCUCUUUUCUCCUCUGACCAGAUCAAAGAGAUAGAGGUCAUGAAGCCCUCUGUGGAUUCUGUUGAUGCUUUGUCAAGUGGUAGAGCUGGUAAUAAAGAGAAAGAAAUACUGGCCUUUGAUGGGGCUACCAAUAAAGAUUCUGAUACUUCAACUAAAAAUGCUGGUCAUGAAUUGACUUCUUCUAAUAAGUUAUCUUCAGAUUCUGCAGCUAUUGGAUUCUCGGUCCAAAAUAACCAAAAUGUGUUAGCUGAAAGCUUGAAACAAGGACUGUCUAACUAUAAGGCUAAAGGGGCUCUACUCCCGCUGUUAGACCUUCACAAGGAUCAUGAUGCAGACAGUCUCCCCUCACCCACACGGGAAGCACCAUCAAGUUUCUACGUAAACAAAGGAAUGGCUGUUGGAGAUGGGAUGACUAAAUUGGUGUUGCCAACAACUAAGUUGGCGCAUGACACAGAAAAUUCUAAAUUGCACCUCUAUGAAACUGAUGCCUUCAAAGCUGUUUCUAGCUAUCAACAAAAGUUUGGUCGGAGUUCCUUCUUUACAAGUGAUAUGCUCCCUAGCCCAACUCCUUCGGCAGAUGAGGAUGAUGGGGAUGGUGACAUCAGUGGGGAGGUUUCUAGUUCUUCUACUGUUGGCAAUGUAAGAAAUGCGAAUUUGCCCAUUUUGGGGCAAUCAAUUGCCCCCUCCAUGGACAGUUCUAGCAUGCAAGGACUAAUUACUGCUGCAAGUGCUGCACCUACAACUUCUGGGUUGAAUCCUCCCAUAGUGAAAGCUUCAGCAAAGAGUAGAGACCCUAGGCUUCGGUUAGCCAAUUCUGAUGCGAGUGCUUUAGAUCUUAACCAACGCCCCUUAUCUAUGGUGCAUAAUGCACCUAAAGUAGAUUCUGUUGGAACAAUAAAUUCGAGAAAGCAAAAAAAUGUUGAGGAGCCUAGUUUGGAAGGUCCUGCAUUAAAAAGGCAAAGGAAUGGAUUAGAAAAUCCUGGAAUUGUUAGGGAUGUGAAAAUUGUGUCUGGAAGCGGUGGCUGGUUGGAGGACGCUGGUUUAGUUGGACCUCAGUUAAUGAACAGGAACCUGUUGAUGGAGAAUGCAGAAACUGAUCCCAGAAAAAUGGUUAAUGCUGUAAAUUGUCCUAGUACUAGUGCUAACACCAACGUGACAAUUAGUGGAAAUGAGCAGGUGCCAGUGACAAGUACCAGCACCACAGCUUCUUUGCCUGCAUUAUUGAAAGAUAUAGUUGUGAAUCCAACUAUGCUGAUAAAUAUACUUAAAGUGGGAGCCCAGCAAAUGUCUGUUGAUCCUGCUAAAAGUACAACUCAACUUCCAAGCACAAACUCAAUUCUUGGAGCGGUUCCCUUGGUGAAUGUUGCUGCAUCAAAGACCUUAGGGCUCUUGCAGAAACCAGCUGGAACAAUUCAAGUUCCUUCACAAAUAGCUCCCAUGAGCCAGCAGGAUGACUUGGGAAAAAUUCGCAUGAAACCACGUGAUCCUCGCCGGAUUCUCCAUGGCAGUGCACUUCAGAAGAGUUCAAGCUCGGGACAUGAGCAGCUCAAAACUAUUGUAUCCCCUAUAUCAAGCACCCAGGGAAGUAAGGACAAUAUGAAUGUUCUAAAGCAAGAGGGUCAGGCAGAUACAAAGUCAGGGCCUUCUCAAUCUGUUGCACCACCUGACUUUGCUCGGCUUUUCACCAAGAAUCUGAAAAAUAUUGCUGAUAUUAUAUCUGUUUCCCCUAUAUCAAGCACGCAGGGAAGUAAGGACAAUAUGAAUGUUCAAAAGCAAGAGGGUCAGGCAGAUAUAAAGUCAGGGCCUUCUCAAUCAGUUGCACCACCUGACUUUGCUCGUCUUUUCUCCAAGAAUCUGAAAAAUAUUGCUGAUACUAUGUCUGUUUCCCAAGCAUCGACAACUGUACCAAUAAUUUCUCAGAAUAUGUCUUCUGAAGCAGUAGCAGUAAAGUCAGACAAAGUGGAUGUGAAAGGUAUAGCUUCGAACUCAGAGGACCAGCAGAAUGGGAUGAGUUCAGCACCAGAAUUAGGUGUAGCAGCUGCUUCUCGUUCAGAAAACUCAUGGAAAGAUGUUGAACAUUUAUUUGAAGGAUAUGAUGAGCAGCAAAAGGCUGCUAUCCACAGAGAGAGGGCCAGGAGGAUAGAAGAACAGAAUAAAAUGUUUGCUUCCCGCAAGCUCUGCCUCGUCUUGGAUCUGGAUCACACGCUGCUUAAUUCUGCUAAGUUUGUGGAAGUAGAUCCGGUUCAUGAUGAGAUAUUAAGAAAGAAAGAGGAACAAGAUCGUGAAAAACCGUGGAGACACCUCUUCCGCUUUCCUCAUAUGGCAAUGUGGACCAAACUACGGCCUGGUAUUUGGAAUUUUUUGGAGAAGGCUAGUAAGCUUUAUGAGCUGCAUCUAUACACUAUGGGGAACAAGCUAUAUGCUACGGAGAUGGCAAAAGUGCUUGAUCCAAAAGGGGUUCUGUUUGCUGGACGCGUUAUCUCUAGGGGUGAUGAUGGGGAUCCUUUUGAUGGUGAUGAGAGGGUUCCUAAGAGUAAGGAUCUGGAAGGGGUUCUAGGUAUGGAAUCGGCUGUUGUAAUUAUAGACGAUUCUGUGCGGGUUUGGCCACAUAACAAACUGAACUUGAUAGUUGUAGAAAGGUACACAUACUUUCCCUGUAGUAGACGCCAAUUUGGGCUUCAAGGUCCUUCUCUACUGGAGAUUGACCAUGAUGAAAGACCAGAAGAAGGAACUUUGGCAUCCUCUUUGUCGGUUAUUGAGAGAAUACAUCAAGACUUUUUCUCCCAUCAGUCCUUAGAUGAAGCUGAUGUUAGAACUAUACUAGCUGCGGCGCAGCGGAAGAUUUUGUCUGGCUGUCGUAUUGUAUUUAGUAGGGUGUUUCCAGUUGGCGAAGCCAAUCCUCACCUACAUCCACUUUGGCAGACAGCUGAGCAGUUUGGUGCUGUAUGUACCAACCAAAUAGAUGAACAGGUCACACAUGUAGUUGCCAAUUCUCUUGGGACUGAUAAGGUUAAUUGGGCUCUUUCUACAGGAAGAUUUGUUGUUUAUCCAGGCUGGGUGGAAGCAUCAGCUUUGCUUUACCGGAGGGCAAAUGAGCGAGAAUUUGCCAUUAAAUCAUAAACAAUCCACUCCCUAAACCCCAAUGGUAAACUAAAACCUGAUAAUUAUAAAAUCAAGAAUGGCAUUAAAGUUAUGGAUGGAUCAUGAGGUCAUGCUUUGUAUGAUCAGGCUAGACCUGAGAAUGCUUGGCGUAGUUUUGAUUUGAGUUAUCCAUCCAUAAUAAGCUGUUGGCUGCACUUUCCCUUUCAUUGCCCGCCAAUUUUCUGAAGAGUUCAGCCAAAGCAUUCAUAAGAUUAGAUGCCAUGGUAGUCUUGAGCUUUUUCUUUAUUUGGGUGGCGUACAUUUUGUAGGGAAGACAGUACUGAGUCUGAGCGGUAGUUGACCAAUAUGAUUGAGGGGUUUGGUGACUAAAAUGUAACCCACUACGGCAAGAUUUUGGACAAAUAUUGGCCAGAGGCCUUGACAAUUGCUUGCACCAGUCUCCUUGGGUAACAAGAAUGGUGAUUUGAUGAUUGUAAAGUUUGGGAGAUCCAAAAUGUAAAAUUAAAGAUAAAUUAAAAAAACUGUUUGAGAGAGUAACCGAGUCACUGGAGUCGCUUUAAAAUGCACAAUUGUGAGAAUUCAUAUAUAUGUCAAGCAUGGAGACGGUUGAGACAGGGAGAGUCCUGAAUAGGAAGGAAGAAAAGGCUUGCUCUAACCUACUUUUAUACAAAAAAUUCUUGUUAUUUUUACUGGGAUGUGACUAAAUAUUACUGGUAAGGAGGUUAGAAGAAUGAUUUUGGAAAGCAUGGGGAGAGGAAUAUGCUGAUUUGGUUCGUUCCUGUUAAUCUAAUUGAGCUGCCCGGAUUCCUCUAUUUCCCCGGUUACCUGAUCUGAAAGUGAAUUUUUGCAUCCCACACGAUCAAUUUGGCUUGCCUUAAAGAAUACCCUGGGGAACAAAAGAAAAGUUUUCAACUUUUUAAUUUCCCUGGUUCAACAGCUUUAUAUGUUUAUCUUUUUAAAUUUGUAACCUAAAGGUUUGAGGGAAGUCAUUAAUAUCUAGGAACUUCUUUUUCUCUU